GGGACGGCUGGGCUUGCUGGGGGUGCGGGGCGCCUUGUGUGUAGCCCCCAGCACAGAUUUCUGAUCCCUAACCUGACUGUGACCAUUGUGAUGGAACAAGAGCAAAAACUGUUGGUCUCAGAUUCUAAUGGCUUCACAGAGAGGGAGAGUUUGAAAAGCACUUUUACAGGAGAUGAAAGUAAGAAUAAUUUGGAAACUGUUCAACACAGCUCUAAGGCAGAUAAAGAGAGAGCCUCAAAAUGGUCUAAAAGUGAUGGCCCACAAAAUUGUAAGCAUGAGGACACACAAAAAAUGCCAUUGACAUGGUCCCAGGAACGUGAAACUGAGUGUGAUGAUUCUUGUGAGAAUGAUGACAAGUUGGAGAAUCAGGGAAAUUCUACAGGAAAAGAGGAAAAACCCAAUCUCUGGGGAUGGGACCCAGGACAACAUACCAGGGCUGCCAUCCGGCAGACUUCAUCCUUCGGGGACAAACCCUUCAAAUGUUCUGAAUGUUGGAAAAGCUUCAAUAAUAGUUCUCAUCUUCGAACUCACCAGAGGACCCACUCAGGAGAAAAACCUUAUAAAUGUUCUGAGUGUCGGAAAUGCUUCAGUAACAGCUCUCACCUGAUUCAGCAUCUGAGAACACACACAGGUGAGAAGCCCUACCAGUGUGGCGAAUGUGGGAAAAGCUUCAGCAACACCUCCCAUCUUAUUAUCCAUGAAAGAACUCACACGGGAGAGAAACCCUAUAAAUGUCCUGAGUGUGGGAAGAGUUUCAGUAGCAGCUCUCACCUUAUUCAGCAUCACAGAUCACAUACAGGUGAAAAACCAUAUGAAUGUCCGGUUUGUGGGAAAUGCUUCAGCCACAGUUAUGUCCUAGUAGAACAUCAGAGGACCCACACUGGAGAAAAACCUUAUAAGUGCCCCGACUGUGGGAAGAGUUUUAGUCAGAGUUCUAGUCUGAUUCGCCACCAGCGGACACACACAGGUGAGAAGCCCUACAAAUGUCCUGAGUGUGGAAAAAGCUUUGGUUGCAAUUCUACUUUAAUAAAGCAUCAGAGAAUACAUACAGGAGAAAAACCCUAUCAGUGUACAGAAUGUGGGAAGAAUUUCAGUCGAAGUUCAAACCUUAUAACACACCGGAAGAUGCACACAGGUGAGAAAUCCUAUGAAACGUCUGAAUAUGAAGCAAGUUUGAGUCAGAACUGCAGUGUGAUAGACGAAUGCAGAAUCCAGCCAGGAGAGAAACCAUAUAAAUGUUGUGAAUGUGGAAAGAGUUUUGGCCUUAGCUCCCACCUCAUAAGACAUCAGAGAACACAUACAGGAGAAAAACCUUACAGAUGUUCUGAGUGUUGGAAAACUUUUAGUCAGAGUUCCACCCUGGUGAUUCACCAAAGGACGCACACAGGAGAGAAACCAUAUAAAUGUCCUGACUGUGGUGAGUGCUUCAGUCAAAGCUUUAACCUUAUCAGGCAUCGGAGGACCCACAUAGGAGAAAAACCUUACAAAUGUACUGACUGUGAGAAAUGCUUCAGCAGAAGUGCCUACCUCAUUCAGCAUCGGAAAAUUCAUAUAGAAAAGUCUUCUGCGUCUCCUGAAGUUGAAGAUUUUCCUCAUGAAUGGACUUGGAAAAACUGUUCUGGGGAAAUGGCUCUUAUCUCUUCAUUUUCAGUCCCAAAUUCAUCUCCGUCCUGAGUCUUUUUUUUUUUUUUCCUUUCUUUUCUUAUCGGAGCAUUACAAUUAAGGUGUUCUCUGAUCACAGGGUUAUAAAAUUUCUUUGGUUUGUUUGCCAGAACAUUUGGGAAAAGUCAACCUCCCACCUUAGAGGUUGGGAAGACCCAGAUCAUCAGGUCAUCGGAUCUGCCCAGUGAGAGAUACUGCCAGUGAUGGAGAGAAAGAAGAAUAUUUUUUAUUUAAGGUAAGAUAGGAAUAGCUUCAAAGAAAAGCAUGGAGAGAAAUCCUGGGAGUCUGAAGAUGAGAUUGUCAUUGAAUUUCCUUAUUUCCUGUUGCCUGAUUGGGUGGCAACAAAUCAUUUCUGUCCUCGGGGAUUUACCCAGAGAAAGAUUCCUUUUGAACAAAUAAUGUGAUUUCCUGGCUAUUUUGUUGGGUCUUAAGGAAGAAAAGACUAAUUUUUUUUUUCAAAUGUGUUUUUAUUUGCUGAAAAUUAACUUUUACAGCAUCUGGAACUGCAAUGUCUGGUACAAUAGCCACUAGCCACGUGUGGAUAUUUAAGUUUAAAUUAAGAUGAAAUGAAAUUUAAAAUUGACUUCCGUAGUCACACAAACCACUUGCUGAGUGCUCAGUAGCCACACGUGACUGGUGGCUGCUGUAUUAAAUAUCACAAAUAGUUCUUUCGAGAUCAUCAUUCUUGACAGAUCUAGUUCCUAUAAGACUGUAAGAAAUGUGCUCUGGGGUUUCUGCUCUCCAAGAGGAAUUUCAAUAUAGAAUAGAUAUGGUAUAGAGUUGUUUUUAUUUUUUUAAUUUUGGCCACGCUGUGUGGCUUGUGGGAUCUUAGUUCCCUGACCAGGGAUUGAACCUGCGUCCUUGGCAGUAAAAGUGUGGAAUCCUAACCACUGGACCGCUAGGGAAUUCCCUGGGAUAGAGUUUUCAAGGCACUCAGUCCAAAAGUUGGCUAUUCUGAUGAUUGUAUGUUUUUUUUUUGAUUGUAUGUUUUAUAUUCGGCCAUCUCAGUCGUGACAUGAUCCCAUUGUCUUGGCCAAAGCCAGAUUAGGAUGUGGGAUUCUUGAAUUCUAUUUUAAGGUUUUCUGUCAAAUGGUCCUUUCCCCUCAGUUUUACUAUUCUAUAAGUCCUCAUCAGAUCAGAAACUGGGUUCUUUUUCUAGUAAUUAACUCACUGAGUCUGAGCCAGUGUCCAGGGACAGUUUGCCAUUGGAGCCCCAAAUUCCUUAGUUCUGACCUUGAAAAUUUUCUUUGGCCCUUUGGCUUAUGUGGUGUGUGGAUCUGGUAACUGAGACAUAAUCCUCCCUGCUCGUCUGUCCAGUGGGAAUGGUGCUUUGUAAAGUAUUAAGACAUUCCCUAUGCCCCCCCGCUCCAGUUCUUCCUGCAGUGCAAAAGGUAGAUGUACAGGAAGGUAAGGACUUGCCUAGGAUUUCAUCUUUUUUUUUGGAGUCAAAAAUAUAUUUUAUGAAGAAUAGGUAGAGAUGCAUAUUAGGAAUGUGGAGCCAGAAGGGGCCAAUUACAGCUGCUGCAAAGGGCUAUAGAUCACUGGUGGGUAGCUGAAUUGCAUGGGGAUUAUUUCUUUCAUGAUCCUGGUGCCCCUGAUACUGGCGAGGCAAUUGUGUCUUUCUAUAUUGUGAUAGGAUUUAAAAAUGAAGCAAAAGCUAACAAUGAAAGGCAUUCAAGAAGUCUUUGGGGGUGAUUUUCUGCUUUCAGAAAAAGGGGGAGAACGUUAUUGGGCAUCAUUGGCUUUAAUGUGACCCUUACCUAAGCAUACUUUUACCUAUGUGUGUUACAUAGUAUUACCCAAAUUGUCUUAAACUGUAAUAUCUGAGGAUAAGUGUUCAUAGUAUUUUUUACCACAGACAGCUGAGAGUUUGAUUAAUGUUUGGUAAGAGUUUGAUUAACGAUCAGUUGCAAGGCAGUAGCUGAUGAGGUGGUGUGGAAUCUUCAAUCCCAGUAUGUGUGGCAAGUAACCACUCUGAACCUGUUUCCUCAUCUGUAAAGCAGAGACAAUGCCUACCUUGUGGGGUUUUGGUAAGGGUUAAAUACAUGUUUGUAAAGCAGCUAGCACAGUGCUUAAAAUAUAAUGGGUCUAAAUAAAUGGUAAUUGGUUAUUAUGAAUGGAAACAAAUUGAAAAAUAUCCUCCACACAUUUUCAGAAGCAGCAAUACAGCCCCAAGCUUUCCUACUUGGGGAUUCUUUAUGACAAACCUCAGGAACUCUGAGGAAAAAGAUAGUAUAAAAACACAAGACUAUAUUGUGUUUUAAGUUUGCAGACUGUUGAAAACACUUUUAUUUGAUUCAGCUAAUUGAACUUUUUUGUUGUUCAUGAAACAAAGGAUUCAGUUUAAGUCAGGAAAGAACAAAACAGCAAGUUCAAUUUCAGUUAAUUUGCAUCUGAAAGAGAUUAACAAUUGGUACAAUUUAUGUCUUAUCACCAUCCCUGCACUAUGUUUUAUGACUGCCCACAAUUAUAUAAAACCCACUCCACAGGGCUUCCCUGAUGGCGCAGCGGUUGAGAGUCCGCCUGCCAAUGCAGGGGACAC